UGUGACUCAUUGCUGACCCCUUGUGGUGAACUGAAAAUUGAUUGUGCAUGCGCUGUCCAUGCGUUUGGUCAUAAAAAGUCUGAUGGGCAGCAUUAGCGUUAUAAGAAAGAAGCAGAGAACAAGCUGGAAGAAGACGGAACAGAGCAUGGUGCAAAGACUUUCAAAUGGAAAAGCAACUCCUUAAAAUUUGAUCAGAGGGCACACGUUUUUCACGGUGAUUCGUUUGGUUACGUGAAAAAUAAACAACCAAAAGAUCAGCAGUCGGAGCGUGGCUUUUUCCUGAUCAUAUUGAAAAACUUGAGGAGCAGCUACAGUGAAAAACGUGACCUGUCGGUGCCACGAGAGAAGCUAGCGGGAGUCGUCCUUGGUGCCAUUGGAAAAGGCCUGCAGCAGCUAGAGCUGAAGAAGAGCACAGCCACAUCAAUGGAGUCGAAAAUGGACUGAACUUCUCAGCACAGUGCAUUUUAUGCCUAACAGGUCAGACUGUAUCAUUAGAGUCGGUUAGAAAAAGAAGAAGACAAAAAAAAAAAGGAAAAAAAAAAAGACUAAUGUUACUGAUGUUCUAAGUUACUUGUUAUUAGUGUGUUACUUGAUGCCUUUUGAAUUUUGUUAUUGUUGAACAUUUAAAGAUAGUGAUUUGUUAAUCCUGUUCUGAUAAUGACUACUGAAACUUGUGAAUUAGAGGCAAUAAUGAAUGCGUUACAGUCUGAAAAGACUCAACUGGAAGAAAAGUUAAACAGUGUUUACCUUGAUGAGUCAGAAAAGGAACAAAUUGAGGUACGCAUAGGAGAGAUUUGUGCAGACCUGGAAAUACACAAAAUUGAAAUACAACCAGGUUCUCAUGCUGACCCGCAAGUUAGACGUUCUGAAAGAGAGAAACGUUUGACUGAAAGGAUGUUUGAGUUGAAGAAAGAUGAGUUGAUUAAGAGAGAGAAAAGCUUUUUGUCAACUUACAUGCAGUUCAAGGCAGAAGUUCAGUUGACAAGAUCUAAACUUAAAGUGCAAUGCUCCAAAUCAGAGCUAGUUGAGAGAAUUCGUUCGAUUGAACAGUCUGAAUGUGAUGUCAAACAUCAUUAUGAGUCAAUACGUGUUAUAACUGCACCGCCUCAAGAUGUUAGGAGGAAAAUGGACAGUUGUACAUCAGUCUCUGCUGAACUCAUUCUACUGUUGAAAAGGCGUUAUGCAGACGUAGACAAGGAGUUUGACGCUGAAGCAGUAAAAGAAUCACUUCAGAAGUUACUCCAAAGGCAGGAUGCGAAGUCAAUAUAUGGCUCAACGGUAUCAAGAGCAGAAAAGAGUCAGCAUGAUUUAAGUUCUCAAAGCAGUCAUGUAACAGCAAAAAGGGCAGAAGCUGCUGCACGCUUAGCAGCAAAAAGGGCUGAAGUUAAUCGAGAAAUUGAAAUUUCCGCGCAGAGACGGGAGAUUGUUGUUCAACAAGAAAGGCUAAAAAUGUUGGAAAUUCACCGAGAUCUUGAUGCAAUUGAAGCAGAAUAUAAUGUGUAUGUCGAAGAGGAAACAAAGGCAAAUGCUGAAAUAAGAGACAUUGAGGUAAAAGCCACUUCACUAAGUCAGCCGUUGGAACAGUGGCACAGUUCCUUGCAACCUCAAGUUCAUCUGAGUGCAGCUCCACUUUCUUUUCCAGCCACAAGAAAUGUUCAGGAUUCCGAGAAAGUUGCAGUUCCCCAAACUAGUGACAUUCAGAUCCCAGGUAAAGAUAGUGAGGUGUCCCUAGUUGAGGCACUGAAAGAAUCCCUGACAAUGACAAGACUUCCAGCUCCAGAACCGUUUGUGUUUAGUGGAGAUCCUCUCAAGUUUGUAGAGUGGAGAACAUGUUUCAAGGCUCUUAUAGAAAGUGGUUGUGUAAGUUCAGCACAUAGACUGUUCUAUUUGAAAAAAUACAUAAGUGGAGAAGCUCUUAGUGUGUUGGAGGGAACGUUCUAUCGCAGUGACGAGGAAGCCUACGUUCAGGCUUGGGGGGCCUUGAAUAAGCGAUAUGGCCAUCCUUUUGUAAUUCAGAGAGCAUUCAGAGGAAAAUUAAGCAGCUGGCCAAAGAUUGGGUCAAAAGAGUCGCUUAGAUUGAGAGAGUUCAGUGAUUUUCUCAUUUCAUGUAAGAAUGCAAUGCCCUAUGUGCAAGGUCUCAAGAUUUUGGAUGACUGUGAGGAAAAUCAAAAAAUACUCCUGAAACUUCCUGACUGGGUGACUGCUCGAUGGAAUAGACAUGUGACUAAAACGUUGGAUGAGGAAAAGGAAUAUCCUGGAUUUGUUGAGUUUGCAGAAUUUGUGGCAAAAGAAGCGCAAAUAGCAUGCAAUCCAGUCUCGUCUUUGUUAGCAUUAAAAGGACUUGAGAACCCAAUCAAGGAGCAAAAACGCAUUAAGGCAAGUGCCUUGAAUACAACAAAGACAAUCAAAAACUCGAGGACCUGUGGUGCAGUGCAGAGUAACAAAUCAUAUCCUGACACCUUUCCAGCUCGGAACAAAAGUCGGAUUGAAUGUAUUUGCUGUAAGGAAAGUCACUUUAUCUACAAAUGUGAAAAAUUCGCAGCAAUGUCCCUUCAAGAAAAGAGAAAGUUUGUUAUUGAAAACAAUAUGUGUUUUGGCUGCCUCAGAGUUGGACACAUUUCAAGGAACUGCCGCCAGAAAGCUAACUGUAAUAUCUGCAGGAAAAACCAUCCCACUCCACUUCAUGAAGAUCAUCCUAAAGUGGACAAAUGUGAGACGCAGUUGGCAGAGGAAAAUGCAUCAGCAGUGUCUAACAAUGUGAAAGUGGACCACAGUGAUCACACGUCAAUGAUUGUUCCUGUCUGGCUGUCAUGCACAAAAGGUAAUGAACAGGAGACCUUGGUUUACGCUUUGCUAGACACACAGAGCAGCAAUACAUUCAUUGACAAAGAAAUUUCGGACAAGCUCAAAGCAGACUCUGAACCUGUGAAGUUAAAGCUUACAACAAUGACAGACAAAGGUUCAAUCAUGCCAAGUUUUCGAGUAAGUGGAUUGAAAGUAAGAGGGUACUACUCACAAGAGUACAUAGAACUACCCCCUGCAUAUACUCGUGAGUACAUUCCGCUUGAACAAAACAGUGUACCCACUUGUAAAACAGCAGAAGCAUGGCCUCACUUGCACAGCAUUGCAAAAGAAAUACCCAAUCUGUUGGAUUGUCCUGCAGCACUUCUGAUUGGUUAUGAUUGUGCAAGAGCUCUAAAACCAAGAAAAGUAAUCCCAGGCAACGACCAUGACCCCUAUGCAGUGAAAACAGACUUAGGAUGGAGUAUAGUGGGAUCCAUGAAGCCAUGGACAAGUGCUAUGGAUGUAACUGGAACAUGCCAUCGUAAUAACGUGAAAGAGCUGCCAUCCAUCACACCUUCUUCAGUCAUUAAAGUGUUGGAAACAGAUUUUAUGGACACAAAUCCUUCAGAAGAAAACAUAUCUCAGGAAGACUUCCAGUUUCUGCAGUUCCUGAAUGAAAACAUUCACUACAACAGCGAAGACCAUUUGGAAAUGCCUCUACCUUUCAAAGAGCGCCCUCAACUUCCAAACAAUAAACAGCUUGCAAAACUGCGUUUGAAACAACUAAAAGGAAAGAUGCAAAGAAAUCCAAAAUACAAAGAAGACUAUGUGAGAUUCAUGGCCAGUGUGUUUGAGGAUGGUGAUGCAGAAGAAGCAGACAGCACAUCUCAGGAUGGAUGUGUAAACUAUGGCCUGAAGUUUCUUGCUCAAGAACACGAGAAGGAAUACCCCGAAGCAGCCAGCUUCAUUCACAAAAACUUCUAUGUGGAUGACGGUCUCAUCAGUCUUGAUUCAAUCCAAAGGGCAAAACAGCUAGUCAGUGAAGCACAAGAAAUUUGCGAAAAGGGAAAGUUGCGCUUGCACAAAUUCAUUUGCAACAAGAAAGAGGUCCUGGAUGCCAUACCAGUGUCUGAGCGUGCUUGUAAUGACAAAGACACAAGGAAGAAAGGAAAAUAA